UUUUGAAUCUGGUAGGUAAAGUCUUUGUUGAAGUAAGUUCUUCAUGUAGCCUGUGGUAUACAAAAUACAGUAUCACUCAACUAUAACACUGUUUACUUUAUCUCAAUCAUUUCUGAAUUACAAUUUGGAAUGUGAGAGGAGCUAAGAGAAGGUGAACAUAACUUGCUCUAGUGAGCUCUCCUUUGAUCUCAAUUAGAAUCAACUCCAACACCAUGUCUAGUGACAUACACAUUCAUCCCAUUAUCAUGCUCUCCCCCUCCCUUUUCCACCCACUCCUAGAGGAGGGUGAGUUCAACACUAACAUCGAGGGGAUCUAUCGAACUGGGUUCAGACGUAGCCUGCGUCUGUGCCGGCGCCAGUCCCUAAGCACAGGUUCCAGUCAGCAGUCCUGCUACACCCACUGCUUUGACUGCCAUGAGUACAUGCUAACGUGUAAAUGGUUCUGUGGACAAUAAUGCAGUAUGAUUCAUGUUGUCACUGUUUUUGUAAAUGGGCAGUGUGCCUCUACUUGUAUUGGCGCAGAAUAUGUGUGACGACAUGACAGAGACCUCACAAGUGUGUUCUUCUCUCUCAGGUCCCUCUGGCAUUGGAGUGAACGAACUUCGCAGGCGGUUACUCAAAAUCAAUCCAGUGACCUUUCAAGGGGCCGUGCCUCACACAACACGAGCCGCUAAGAGCCAUGAGGAGUCUGAUAAAGAGUAUCACUUCAUCAACAGAGAACUGUUUGAGAACAUGGUUUACAACAACAAGCCAUCCAGUCAGUGAGGACACAUGAGCUCAAGGCCUACAUCAUUUAUGUGAAGCCACCCACCGCAGAACAAAUGAAGGAGACCAGAAAGGACACUCAAAUCGCCACGAAUGACUACGUCAACAUCCCUUUCUAAGAGGAAGACUUCCAGGAGAUUGAGGAGACAGCCAGAAAGAUGGAGUUUCACUACUGCUAGUUCUUCGAAAAUGUGAUGGUGAACGGCAGGCUGCAAAACUCCUGUGUUCAGCUACUGAGGGCUGUGAGGAUGGCUCAGGACGAGACACAGUGGGUUCCUGCCAACUAGAUAUGACCCACAGAGGAGUUUUGAUGAGAAAUUAGGAGCGGAGAGGAGAGAACAUAAAAGGAUCACAAACAGGGCAUCGUAAAAGAGGGAAUGGAGAACAACAUGGAUGUGGAGUGGCUGUCACCUUUGGCUGCUACUUCUGAAGAUGCCCUCUGCUCUUCAGUGGAAUUUGUUUUAGAUUGGAUUUCUUGUUUUGUUUUGUUUAGUGUGAGUUUGAGAGACUCAUACAGAUACUGUCCUUGUGUCUGUUUGAAUCUGUUGUUGACUAAUUUGCCUAUUCAAGACUAUGAUGGCGCUGGAUUAAACCAAAAAUCAUGUGUCUGUUUUUCUCUGAAAUUGUGUGCAUAGUUGGAGAUAAUGUAUUGAUGUGCUACAUAGGUAUGCUAUGAGAGGUUGUAGGUUAACUUCUCAUCUUUUGUUUACAAUCAGAGCAAAUAAUUGUCCAUGCUGAAUUUCUGUAUUUUCUUAAUUUUUUUAUUUGAUUUAAUAAAAUGAAUGUUAAUGCCAAAGAACGUAUAUUCAAUUGCUCUAGAUUGGUACGAUGUUUCAGUAGGAAGGUGAGCAAGUUAGUGGACACAAUGUUUUCAUAGUACUGAAGGAUACGGAAUAAUGGUAAAAA